UAAUGCUGCUGCUGCAUAUCGAAGCAACUAACCUCUGUCCCCAAACAAAGGUGAUUUCUUACCAACAAAAGCUCAGUCGAGGGACAAACAGCUGGUGCUCUCCGGGGUCGCCAGCAAGAUGUAGCAGCCAGAUUUCAAAUUGUAUGCCUUUGUUUUGUUGCUCGUAUUGUUGAUCUAUUUUAAAUCCAGCUGGAUACAAAACAUGGUAUCUUCCUUUAGGCUGUCGUUAAAUGUUUUGUUUUUACUGUUGGAAUAAAGUAUUGAUUUUGAACAAGUACUUGCUAUAAUUUUAAGCUGCUCUGUACAAUUUCUGAAUGAAGGUAUUGCAACAAUUGCAUUUAUUGGAGGCACAACUCAACAUUUUUUUUUCAAUUAUUUUUGAAAGAGUUGGUGUUUUUUUUAAUUUUUUAUUUAUUUAUUUAUUUUCAACAAUGGAAGAUACCGUUUUACCAGAUUUUAAGGACAUCGAGACAAAGCUGGGGCGCAAAGUUCCUGAAAGUCUUGUCAGAUCAUUCAAAGAAGAGCGUCAGGAGACAAGGGAGGAAAUACCUGCUUUAUCAACUACCUUAGUUAACGUGUCUGAGUCAAGUACAUUGAAAAGGCUGGAAGUCAAGAUGCAAGUUUUAAAACAAGAGAUGGCUCAUCUCAGGGCGAUAGACAUCAAGCUGAUGCACCAGUUGCUCUCUAUUAACGAAGGAAUCGAGUCAAUCAAGUGGGUGAUGGAAGAGAAGGCUGCCAUAGCAAGCAGAGAGAGCAGCUUAGCCGGCAGUCUGUACAGUCUGUCAGAGAGCCAGGACACGUCCCUCCGAGGGAGCUGCAACAGCUUACAGGACGGCAGUGACGGACUCGAUGGCAUCUCGGUCGGAAGCUAUCUUGACACCUUGGAGGACGAUGUUCCAGGCCACACUUCCCCAUCAGACCUAGAACGCUUCUCAGACGGACCAGUAAAAGAUUCUGUUGAUAGGCCUUCUUUGUAUAAAGACACUAAAAUCGAUUCUGAUGAGUACUACUGUUUUGGGUUGUGAAGGAGUUGAAAUAAAGGGAACCAAAGACUGACAAACUUAUGCUAAGUCUCAUCAGAUCCAUUUUUUUUAUGUUACUGUUCUUGCUGCUCUUUUUGUUUUAUUUUUAUUUCCAGUCUGUAAGAGGGACUA